UUUUGGCGGGAGGAGGAAAAUGGCGGCCCGGUGGGGGCCGCUGGGGAGGGGGACGGGGACGGGGAAAGAGAAGGGGAAGGGGAAGGGGAAGGUGGCGGCGGCGGCCGCUCUGCGCCUGUUGCCGUCGGGAGUUCCAGCCAAGGCCGCGGACUGGAAGCGAAGGCACCUCUGGUUCUGCCUGCUGGCGCUCGGCUUUGACCCGCAGGCUGCGGAGAAGUUCUUGGACAGGGAGCUGCACCUGGGAGUGUCCAUGUUCGAUGCGCCCAACGCGGCUGCCUUCCACGUCGUCGCCCAGUUCCUGUUCAGCAAGCUGGAUCCAGUGCGCGCAGCCAAAGUGUUCAGGGAUUGUUUGUUACCAGAACAAAUAACCAGAGAUACUGAAUUUAGGAAGCAAUGUUGUUCAUGGCUAAAAGAUAUCGCAAAUGAAAGCAAAAACUAUCUUCCUCCAAUUGUGACUUCUUCAUUUCUUUCUCCUGCUGGUUCUAAAUUUAUUCACCUAAUGUAUCGGUUUGCAAGAUACGUAAUGAUUAAGAACCUGAAAAAGAACUCUGUAGGCAGCGAUACAUCUUCUACUGAAGCUGUAAACUUAAUUCCUGAGGAUAUGCGCAAGGCAAAAGCAAGAUGUAAUGUGGCACGUAAUAAGCUCCUGCGAAUCUUGCAAAAGAAGGAUGUUAUUAUUCGAGAAUAUAACAAAAAAUCACAGCUUUUAAUUAAAGAAAUAAAACAGACAAAAUCUGAAUAUGCAUACCAUCAGCAACAGUUGUUGAAGAUGAGGCUCAAUGGCAAAAACAAAAAUGACAAAACAGAGAGAAUUCAAAAGGUCCGCAGUAUGUGGACAUUUGUAAUGGACACUCUUACAUCUCUGAAAAAGGAAAUUGAAAUCGUAGACUCUGUAAUUGAAGGGCGUGUUGAUCUGUACACUUUAACUGGAACUAAUGUCAAUGUUCCACAGCUGUUGGCUGACAGAGUGGAAAGUGAAAUCCAUGAAGUGUGUACAGGAAAUUUAUAUGAAGGUGAAAAUCUGAAUUUUUUAACAGUCAUUCAGUUAUUAAAUGGAGCCCUGAGGAUCUUAAGAGAUGAAUGUUGUCAAUUUGAAUCAAAACAUUUCACGGACAUCAAGAAUACAAGUGAAUUCCAAAAUAAAAUACUAUUGAACUUGAAAGCAGUGAGGCAAAAAAUAGAAGAGCAGCAUUGUAAGUCAUUGAGAGAAUUGAUUUCUGGAAAACAGAAGGAGCUGGAAAUGAAGUGGAAAAGCCAUCUUGACCAGUGUCCUUAUUCUUUAAAGAGAGGUCAGGAUCCAGAUCUUGAUUUAUUAGAAGCUGUGUCAUGCUUUUUUCAUCCUGCAGAAGAAGCUUAUAAGGAUACAGUCUCAUUUCAACUUGAAAUACCGCUUUUAGAUAUUUAUGACUCCAUUUGUGAGAAAAAUUACCAGAAAGAUGAAGAGACCUCGGGAAGUAUGAUGGAUAAUUCAACACUACAACCAACAAGAUGGAUCUCUUCAGUAUCUUUGGACUUGUCAGGAGCAUCUGAAAGCAAAGACAUGUUAAUUGAAAAGGACUUCCGUACUGAAACUUACAAUGGGAAAGAAAAACCCGUCACUCCAAAGAUCUCAGAGGAGAUGGAGGACCUCAUCAUUUCAGUUGAGGAGAAUACAGUUACCUGCACAAGGUCUGCCGUCCAAAAGGAAGACCUUCUUAAGAAAGCCACAGAGGAACUGGCAGAAGAGGUUGCAAAAACUGUGACAUCUGAGUCACCUCAGAGUGGUGGAGGAAAAGGAAUAACAUUAGAAGAUCUCAUUAGCUCACAGGCUUUUAACCCAUUUUUGACAAGGCAACAAAUUCCCCGAACUCCUGAAAAUCUGCUUACUGAAAUCAGAAGCUCAUGGAGAAAAGCUAUUCAGACUGACGAAUCACCAGACGUAGAGCUGGCCCCAGCUGAAGUCAUGACAGAAGAAUCUCCAAUGGAUGCUAGUACUACUGUGCAGAAUGAAACAGAUACUACUUUAGUCAGGUCUACCUCUGCAUCUCCUGUAUUUGACUUUGAUUCUACUUCGACAGAAUUUAAAGCUCAGAACCAGAUGAGGAAAAGUAAUAUCAGUGGAUGUCCAGUUUGGGAAACAUCUGGAGUACAAGAGAAUGAAGGCGAUAAAGAACAGGAAUUAGAGCGCACUGUUUUGAGCAGAAUUUCUGUAGACAAGACAGAAGAACCUGCUUCUCUAGAUGUAGAAAACAGCAUAAAUACUCCAGAUAAAUUUUCAGAACGCAAUAGUAGAAUAAAUACUGUACCCUCAAACCAACUUUGGGAUUCCCUAGUGGAUAGAAUUCUGCAGUGGGAUGCACCUUCAGUGUUAAUGUCUGACAGCUGUGAAGUAACUGAGGCAGGAAUACUUCAUGAGACUCUUCCAAAAGAAUUUGAUAGCAUAGAUCCUAAUAAAUCUACAAGCUCGGAGUCUGAUUGUGAUGUAUUGAACAGCAAGGAUAUACCUGGUAGUACAAAAAUUAAAGGCUGUGUUGAAGAAUUAAAUAUAGAUCGACUGUCUCUGGUCAGCAGAUACGAAAUGCUGAAAGAAAAUGCAUCUGGAAAUAGAGAGAAACUGCAUCAUACACAUGCUGGAGAUGAAUCUGUAAGUUACAUAUCAGACCUAAAUCUUAGACCAGAAAAAGAAAGAGAUGACUUAUGCAGCACUAGGGAUCUAUUCAGUUUGGAUGAAGAGUUUACCAAGGCACCAUCACCAUUAUCUUUUCCCAAAGGAAAUAAUUCCUUGUCACCUUUGCUGAUGUUCACUCAAGAUCUGGAGGAAAUGGCAUCAAAGAUACACAAAAUCUCAUCAAACUUAGUACGUAAACUGAAGGGUGAAGAGCAGUUGAAUGAGAAGCUGCACACACAGGAAUCAUCUUCAGGACAGAAUUUGUAGAGGAUAGGCAUAACCAUAGCAUUAUAAUUAUGUUGCACUUGUGAUUGUAGUAUCUUCUCCAAACACUACCCAGAUGAGAAGUUGUGGUCCUUUUAUUUCUUGCUAAGCCUAUAUUCCAAACCGCUUGUUCAAGCAUCAGUUGCCUUCCUCCAAUUCCAUGUAAUCCACUUCUGUAUUCUGUGAACAGUCUAUCAGCUAUGUACAAAAUGAUAUAUUUUGUAAACACAGUUUUAAAAAUAGCAGAUGGUAUGGGCAUGACAUAAUUGUAGAAAAUAGUAAAACAAAAACUGAAGUGAGAAGUAAUGAAAUUUUCACUUCUUAUUAAAUUCUGCUUUAUUUUCCAAAAUAUGUAUUUUUUGCUCUCUCUUCAUAUGAAUUCUCCUCUCCUUUUGAAACGUCUAGUCAAGUAUUGCCAUCAGUUUUCCCAGUUGAUAAGGGGAACUUGACUCCACUUUAUUAACACAAACAAACAAAAAAUUAUUUUUGAAUAGUAGAUGCUCUUUAAUAAAUUUAUGUAAGUAUGUAUAUUAUAAUGUAUAAAUGCAUGUUUAUGACUGUGAUGUAGUUAACUGACAAUAUAUAAAAUAGGGGGAAAAAUUGUAAAAGUUCAAAUUCUGCCAUGUAAACUACGUACUGUAGGAGUACUGAUCCCUAACCUUAUAGUUUACAGUAUUUUGAAGAAUCUCAACCUAUAUGUGACAUUUUCCUUUUAAAGCAGAAUUUGACAAGUUUAAUAAAAAGAGAUUUAUGUGGCCAGUUGUGGAAGUUACAAAGUGGCUGCUGACAGCUAACUCGUUAAAGCUACUUUGUUCUUGUACCAAAGCACUAGCAGCAGAACAGCUAAGGCGGGAAUACUUCAUAAUACUCCAUUUCCGUGUUGGUCAUGGUCAAACAAAGGGAGAACUGGAAGCUCAGACAGUAUCUGUGGGCUGUCUGGAAUACACAGAGCUGUGUUCCUUGCAGAACUGUGCUCUACAGCCUGGUGCUGGUGACUUCACAAAGGCUUCCCAGGUGACUGUCCCAAGGAGUAGUGCCCUGAUCAGGAGGGCCUUGAAAGCAGGGCCCACAGAGCUCUGGUCAGGACGCCACCAGGCCAGGAAAGGAGCUGGUGAGCUGGGAUGUGCUCUGUCAGUACAGUCUGUACCAUCGUCAUGUGCUCUCAUGAUGCUUCUGGAGGUUCCCAGAUUCUUUUCUGAUACCACUGUCUCCAGGGACUGCUGCUGCUAAAGAGAUUUUUCCACUAUAGAGCAUUACCUGGUCUGUAAUCGUUUUUCUUAGCAAACAUGCCUCCCAUGUCUCCUGUGCCUUUACAUGAGGUUGCAUCCUUGAAGAAAUGCGUUUGUCAGCUGUGCUCCUGCGGGUAUGUAAAAGAGGCUGGGGGAAGGAGUUUGGCGUAGUAGUUCCUUGGCUAGCAAGCUGCAUUGCUCCUUAGGGCUGCAGAUGUUUUUGACUGCUAUAAGUUGCAUAUGGAAAAUUAGAAAUAAAGGUAUUUUAGAGCAGUUUUAAAA